AAGCUGCCAGGAGCCCGGCCGCCAGGCUGCCUUGCGCGCGGGGCAGAGAAGUGGGCGAACAACGGGGGGGUGCUGAGCAAUGGGUUGACGCCUGCGCCAGAUGCGGGGCCCGAAGGGAGCGCGGUGUCGGCCAUCCCCUACCAGAAGGUGCUCGUCAUGGGGUUCCGGGUGCAGACUCACGCAUGCAUGAUCACGUUCAACAAUGCGGAGUUCGCCCCGGAUACGUGGACCCUCUUCAAGGAGUGGUGCGGUGCGACGGCCAAGCGCCUCGGGGCCCGCGCAUGGUCGGGGCGCCUGGAGCAGCCCCUUCACGCCGCCACGGGCGCGCCAAGGUACCACCUCCAAGCGUACUUGUACUGGAAGGGCGGCGACGGCUUGCGCCUGCAGAACACGGACGACCUCGCGUUCCAGGACACGAAGCCACGUGUGGACGUGCGCACGCGGACGAACCCGGGCCGGAUGAGGAACGCAGCCAUGCAGGGCUUGUAUUACGUGUACCUCACCACGCUCGGCGCCCUCCAUGGCUACGUUUCGAAGCCAGAGUGGCUGGACGGGUGGCGGGCGGCCCAGAAGCUGUGCCAUGACCAGUGCCGCGAGUUGUCGCUGCUGUUCCAGAGUUACCAGAAGAGGAAGAGGGACGUGGAGGAGGUCGCGCAGGCCGAGAGGGAGGGGUUCCUGCAGAAGCACCUGACGGUGGAGCUGGCCGAGCUGGAGCGAGCGGAUCCAGCGCGGCCCGCGCGGCAGUUCCCAGAGACGGCGGAGUUCGUGCAGCUCUUCUCGAAGCCGAUGCGGCGCCGGCCCAUCCUCGUUAUCCUCGGAGGGGCGAACCUCGGCAAGAGCAUCCUGGCCAGCUCCGUUCCCGAGGACGUCGCGAAGAUGCUGCACUUCUGGGAUUCGAAUCUCGACCUGGCGGAGUUCGAUUUGGCGAAGCACUCCGGGGUCCUCCUUGACGGUGCGGGGGGCGCCAUGGUGCUCAAGAGACACCGGGAGGCCGUGCAGGGCCGUCCCAAGAUGAGUCGCGGGGGCAGGUCCGCCACCAUGAUGUACUCGUAUCCGUUCACGCUCUGCAGACGGGAAGUGGUGGCGACGAUGGACCUCAGCGCCAAAAACCCUAACAAGUUCCGCACAGACCACUGGCUGUCGAACCCAAGAACGUCGUCCUCCUCCGGCUGA